CCCGCUAUGGCCCCUCAUGGAGCUUUCGAGAGCUUCGCUCAAGCAUUAAAAGCUCUCUGUCCCCCGUUCUAGAGGGUGCCUUUUAGCUCAGACAUCAAUUCUCGACUUCGUACAAUAACUUGUCAACACACUCUCGAACAAUUACAAUGCCUCUCUCUGGACACUGCCUUUGCAAAGCCGUCACCUACAAGGUUGACGACGAGCCUCUUCUGGUUGGCUACGAUCACUGUGACGAUUGCCAGCGCCAGAGUGGUUCUACCUACUCUCUCGUGGCUGUUGUCAAGAAGGACAAGCUCACCAUCAGCGGCCCCGUCAAGACUUACUCUGGCAGUAAGGGCUCUUCCGGCAACAUUGUCCACCGUCUCUUCUGUUCCGAGUGCGGCUCUCCCAUCGCCCACGACCCCGAUGCUGCUCCUGAGAUCAUUGCGCUCAAGGCCGGUACUCUCGACACCGAGAUCAAGAAGAACUUGAAGCCGGAUACUGAGAUCUGGACCGUCAGCAAGCUGCCCUUCUGUCAGGAGCACCUUGCUAAGCCCUUCUCCCACAUGCCCGAGUAAAGAACAGAACAUUGGAAGGAUAUGAUAAUGAGGAGUUAGCGAGUUGUAAAGAAAGGCUACAUGCCUGCAAAUAGUUCAGAAAAAUACAAAUUUCUUAGCACCUUCUCUUCCCAUUAUAUCCUUUGGUACUGGAAUUCAUCACGGGUUUACCAGUCUAGAGCACAGUUGUGCCGCAGCACUCGAUGCCAUGA